GCUGAAGUGUUUCCGGGUUAAAGAGUUGUUUUUCUGGCGUGCUGAAAUGCUAAUGCUAACGCUAACAGCGGUAUUGAUUUCAUUUCAUUAACUUCGGGGAUAAUUUCAGUGGGUUAAUGCUGAACUCUAUGUUCAACUAAAGCGGAAGUUGUGUUUGAACUGAGGAUGGUUCCGCCGCUUGAUUCGAAUCUGGACCGGAAAGUUCUCCAAUAUGAAACAUUCAUCAGCGAUGUUCUGAAGAAAGAUCUACAGAAGGUUCUGGAGCAGAGGGAUCAGGUCUAUGAGAAGAUCUCUCAGUACCUGCAGCUGAAGAACACCAUCCAGAGUCUGCAGGAGGCGGAGUCUCAGCAGCUGAAGACAGAGGUGGAUCUGGGCUGUAACUUUUUUGUCCAGGCUCAGAUCGAGGACUCGUCCAGGAUCUUCGUGGCUGUCGGCUUCAGCUUCUUUGUGGAGAUGACUCACGACGAAGCUCUCCGCUUCAUUGACAAGAAGACCAAUCAGCUGACGGCCUUCACGGAGCAGCUCACCAAAGACUCCGCCAAAAUAAAAGCCAACAUCCGCAUGGUUCUGGAGGGUCUGCGAGAGCUGCAGGGCCUGAGCGACCUCCCUGAGACCCAAAGAGGGGACGUUUUAUGAGCUGAUCCUGGUCUGGGUCUCCUGGUCUGGGUCUCCUGGUCUGGUCUGAUGAAGCUGCUGCUCCUCGAGGAAGAGGAGGCAGAACUGAGCCGUGGAUGUUCUCAGAGAGCUGAAGGACGUCGUGGACAAAUGUCCCACGAGAUGUCCACUUCCUGUUGACGUGUUGGGUGUCCACUUCAUUCAGACCUUCAAAAUAAAAUGUCACGAUGUGUUUAUAGUUUAGUUUUCUUCUUGUAAAUCUGCUUUAAAUAAAGAUGCAGUUAUAAGAAACA